AUGAGAACAGCCGCUUUCUCUACAUUUUAUGAUGUUCCAUUCUCGAAUCAGAUGAAAUUCAAGAAGGAUUAUCCUAGGAUAAAAGCUUUCAGAGUUAUGGAUGAAGAAGGAAAUAUCAUUAAUAAGGAGUAUGAGAAUAUCCCUAAGGAGAAGCUCCUUAAAAUCUUCAAAGCAAUGGUCACCAACAGUGAGGCUGAUAAGAUUUUCAACAUGGCUCAGAGACAGAACAGAAUCUCUUUCUAUAUGACCUCUAUCGGAGAAGAAGCUUCGACUGUGGGCUCUGUUGCAGCUAUAAAGGACCAUGACCUGAUCUAUCCUCAAUAUAGAGAACAGGGAGCUUUAAUCUACAGAGGUUAUACUAUCAAGGAGAUGGCUAAUCAGUUGAGAGGAAACCAUUACGAUGUAGGAAAGGGAAGACAGAUGCCAGUCCAUUAUGGAUCUGAGAAACUUAACUAUGUGACAGUAUCUUCUCCUCUUGGUACCCAAAUCCCUCAAGCUUCUGGAAGUGGGUAUACUUACAGGAUCAAGGGAGAGGAUAGAAUUGCCAUGACUUUCUUUGGAGAUGGUGCUGCUUCAGAAGGUGACUUCCACUCAGCCAUGAACUUUGCUGCUACACUAAGAUCCCAAACCCUCUUUUUCUGUAGAAAUAACAUGUUUGCCAUCUCCACACCUGUAGAUGAACAAUUUGCAGGAGAUGGUAUUGGUGCUAGAGGUAUUGCUUAUGGAAUGAACACCAUCAGAGUUGAUGGAAACGACCUCUUUGCUGUCUAUAAUGCCACUAAGAAAGCCAGAAAAAUGAUCAUCAAAGAAGGUGCUCCAUGCUUGAUCGAAGCUAUUUCAUACAGAGGAGGAGAUCACUCAACUUCUGAUUUCGCAGAACUCUAUAGAAAUGAAGAAGAAAUGGCCAAGGUCAAUUCUCUCAUAGCUAAACUAGGAAACCCAAUCACCAGAGUCAAGAACUACCUUGAAGCCAAGAAAUGGAUUGAUGAGGACUAUAUCGAUAAUAUCCGUAAAGAACUUGUUGUUGAGAUCAGAGAAUGUCUUAAAGAUGCCACAAAAGAGCCAUUCCCACACAUUGACGAAAUGUUCAACGAUGUUUAUUACGAAAUGCCUCAACAUCUGAAGGAACAGAGAGAGGAAAUGUACGAACAUUUGGCCAAAUAUGGAAAGCAUUACAACUUGGAUCAAUUCAAGAGAUAA